CAGAGCUUUGCGGGCUUUCGGUUUGUGUCCGCGGCGGCCUGGUUUAGGAGAACUCGGCCACUGACGUUCCGGCCGGAGCUGCCUUCCCGGCCACCGGCCGCGGCUCAGCAGGGCGGCAGGAACCGCGCUCUCGGGAGACCUAAGCUCUGGGGACCCCUGCUUCUCAGUGUUGCCGUAGCUCCGGACUUGCGAGGUGACUGAAUUUUCCAGCUACAGAAUGCAUAGCACCUUAAAAGGUUGGCCAUGAUGAGUAAAGUGGAGUUAAAGGAAGAUCAGAUGCUGGAGGUUCAAUUUGUGGGCGAUGAUGAUGUUCUUAAUCAUAUUCUUGACAGAGAAGGAGGAGCUAAAGUAAAAAAGGAGAAAACGCAGCUUUUGGUUAACCCCAAGAAAAUAAUAAAGAAGCCAGAAUGUGAACUGGAGGAAGGUGACCAGGAAGUCUUAAAGGAUCAGAACUAUGUGGAAGUUUUGGGAAGAAAUGUUCAAGAAUCCUGGAAAAAUGGUUCUGCUGCAGAUGGUGGGAAUAAAGUUUACUCUUUUCAGAAUAGAAAACCUCCUGAAAAGAUGGCUAAAUUAGCUUCAGAACUCGCAAAAACCCCAAGAAAAAGUGUUUCAUUAAGUCUGAAGAAUGAGUCUGAAAUUAUGAUAAACAUUCCUCAAAGUAGCAAGGAGUAUUCUACAUCAGACAAAGUUCAGCAGAAGUUUAGUAGGACAUACCUAUAUUCUGAAGAAGCAGGCACUGGUAGCUCACACCUGUAUUCCUAUCUACUCCUAUCUACUGAGAUUUCCCACACUCUUUGUUACUCCAUUAUGACUCUUUUGUCAAACCGUCAAAUCUCCCAGUUGCUUUUCUCUUCCACAGUGUCAAAAUCUAAUUCUGACAGUGAAAGUGACUAUUCUGCUUCCAACUCGGAGGACGGUGAAGGCGUUGCAAAGGAAUGUGAAGACACUAAUUCGGUCAUGUUCUGCCAAAAGCUUCAAGCUCAGACUAGAGUAGUUUCAGAAACUGUUUGCAAAGGAACACCUCCUAAGAAAAUGAAGAGAGAUAAAACAAGUGACUUAGUGGAAGAAUAUUUUGAAGCUCAUAGCAGUUCAAAAGUUUUAACCUCAGAUAAAACGCUGCAGAAACUGAAAAGACCUAAAUUGGAUCAGCAAACUCUGCGUAAUUUAUUGAGCAAGUUUUCUCCUUCCUUUUCUGCUGAAAUUAAACAAUUAAAUCAACAAUAUGAAAAAUUAUUUCACAAGUGGAUGCUGCAGUUACACCUUGGGUUCAACAUUGUGCUUUAUGGUUUGGGUUCUAAGAGAGAUUUACUAGAAAAAUUUCGAACCACUGUGCUGCAAAAUUCCAUUCAUAUUGUCAUCAAUGGCUUCUUUCCUGGAAUCAGUGUGAAAUCAAUCCUGAAUUCUAUAACACAGGAAGUCCUCAAUCAUAUGGGCACCUUCCGAAGUGUACUGGAUCAACUAGACUGGAUAACAAACAGAUUUAAAGAAGAUCCUUCCUUAGAACUCUUCCUUCUUAUUCACAAUUUGGAUAGCCAAAUGUUGAGAGGAGACAGUAGCCAGCAAAUUAUCGGACAGUUGUCAGCUUUGCACAACAUACACCUUAUAGCAUCUAUUGAUCACCUCAAUGCUCCUCUCAUGUGGGAUCAUGUAAAGCAGAGUCUUUAUAAUUGGCUGUGGUACGAAACUACUACAUACAGUCCUUAUAGUGAAGAAACUUCCUAUGAGAAUUCUCUUCUGGUUAAACAGUCUGGAUCUCUACCACUUAGUUCUCUGAUUCAUGUCUUACGGAGCCUUACUCCUAAUGCAAGGGGGAUUUUCAGGCUACUAAUAAAGUAUCAGCUGGAUAACCAGGAUAACCCUUCCUACAUUGGACUUCCUUUUCAAGAUUUUUACCAGCAGUGUCGAGAAGCAUUCCUUGUUAAUAGUGAUCUGACACUCCGCGCUCAACUAACUGAAUUUAGGGACCACAAACUUAUAAGAACAAAGAAGGGAACAGAUGGAGUAGAGUAUUUAUUUAUUCCUGUUGACAAUGCAACAUUGACUGACUUCUUGGAGAAGGAAGAGGAGGAGGCUUGAGGCUGCCCUUUCACUCUUGAACCUUCCAUGGGUGUUUGUACUCCAGCUGCCACUCCUAGUCAAGUGUGGGUUUACCCCCAACAUUCUUUUAUCAGCUUCUAAGAUUUAGUAUUUCGAGAGGUGCUGUCAUCAAUUAGAACAUUUAAGUAGACAGACUGGUGCACCAUCUCUAAUACUAUGCAGUGGUCCUCAAGUUGGAAAAAAAAUGUGCCUUUCAUCCAUUACCUCUCUGGAGACUUCUUGCUGCGAUGAACAGUGUGCUCAGGGACUAUUUGGAACUGGAUGUUUUUGAAUUCUUUUAUACUAGAGAUACUAUUCCUAAUUUUCUGAGGGCCUUUUAACACGCUGGGGCUGAUUGAUUGCAAGUAUGCUUGUUCUAGAAUAUGGAAGUACAAAGACAGGAAUUUUAUUAAGUGUGCUCUAUGUAUUGGAACUGGUGAGUGAAUUAAGCACCAUCACUGUUUCUGAAAGAAAAGGUAGAUGGAAAAGCAGUAGGUGAUCUUGCUUGGUCCUUUUGGAUUUAGGUCCACACUUGAGGUGGGAGAGUGGGAGAAGUACAAGGAGUAUAUAGGGUGUAUACCCAAUCCCGAAAGCACAUGGACCACGAGUCACGGUAUGGUUAAUUGUCCAGGGACCUUGGCUUUCAUGAUAGAAGUGAGAAGCCAGGCUACAGAAAAUAAUCCUAAAUUGCAUUGUAGUAAUUGCUUUCAGAACAGAAAAUAAAAACGUCAUUAUUGUAAAUGGACAUUCUUCUCUUUUAAAUUACAUGCAGAUGGGUAGCAUAGUAAUGGCUGACUAGAAAAAUUUUGAUUUCGUUAGUAAGUGGCCACAAAAAUGACUGAAAGAUAAUUCCAUUUUGCUCUUAAGGUGACUAUUUCAAGUCUUCUAAAUAGGUGAGCCCCUU